AUGCUCAAUAUACAUUCAUCCUUAGGACCCCUCGACGCCCCUAUCAAACUCCUUUACAUCAACCCAAAUUCCACCCUCCCCUUCACCCUGGAAACCGUCACUUACCUCUCCGAAUCUGAUCCAGUACCGAUUGAUUUUUACACCGCCCCAUCUACUGCUCCGCCAAGUAUAGAUGGUACUUUACAUGGUGUCAUUUCUACCGCUGAGAUAAUCCGUGACUUGAAACUAGAAACGUUUGAUGGGGUUCAAGAGUUGAGAGAGAAGUAUGACGCUAUUGUUGUUUCUUGUUUCUCGGAACAUCCUUUGAUACCAGUAUUGAAGGAGCAAUUCGCUUUGUACCAGGGAGCAGGAGUGAUGGAGAAGAAAGUGGUGGUUUUGGGAAUUCUGGAAGCUGGGAUUAUAGCUGCUUUACAACUCGGGCCAACCUUUGGGAUCGCCACGACGGGAAGGAAUUGGGAACCUCUUUUUGAUCAAGCUAUCAGAACCCUGUUGAUCGAUCCGAACAGAUACACAGGUACCCGCGGAACAGGGUUCAACGCAGUCAAUCUACAUGGUGAUGGACCGGAGGAGAAGUUGUUAGAAGCCGGUGUCGAGUUGGUAGAGAAAGGAGCGAAAGUGAUAGUUUUAGGUUGUGCGGGAAUGGCACCCAUGCGUCAAAAAAUACAAGAUCGUCUCAAAUCACAAACUGGACAAGAUAUCCCAGUGGUCGAUGGUGUCCUCGCUGCAUUAGAUCAAGCCAUUCAACAAGCUCAGUCUUGA